AUGGUGCAUCUUCAGAGUGUCAAGCCAGACCCUCUCAAGGGCAAAAACCUUCCCUCUCGAAGAUCUUCCCUCGUCCCUGGUCUCGAGCACAUCUCUCUGGCAGCCCCGGAAGAGGAUGAAUUCUCUACCUCUGUCUACGGAUCCAGCUUUGCUGCUCAGGAUUUGCCUAAUCAUGAAAUGCCGGAGAAAGAGAUGCCGAAGGAGAUUGCAUACCGCAUGAUCAAAGACGAACUCAGCCUGGAUGGAAACCCAAUGCUGAACCUCGCAAGUUUUGUCACCACAUUCAUGGAAGAUGAAGCAGAGAAACUCAUGACUGAAGCCUUUUCCAAGAACUUCAUUGAUUACGAAGAGUAUCCACAGACUGCUGAGAUCCAGAAUCGGUGUGUCAACAUGAUCGCUCGUCUCUUCAACGCACCGGAUCAGGAAGAUGGAGGGAAUGCCAUUGGUACAUCCACAAUUGGGUCCAGCGAAGCCAUCAUGCUCAGUGUUUUGGCCAUGAAAAAGAAGUGGCAGAAGGCGAGACAGGCAGAGGGCAAAGAUGCUUCAAAGCCCAACAUCAUCAUGAACAGUGCAGUUCAGGUGUGUUGGGAAAAGGCUGCUCGCUACUUCGACGUCGAGGAACGAUAUGUCUACUGCACCGAUGAUCGCUAUGUCAUUGACCCCGAGGAAGCAAUCAAAUUGAUUGACGAGAAUACUAUUGGCAUCUGCGCCAUCCUCGGUCUCACGUACACUGGGGAGUAUGAAGAUGUCAAGAAGAUCAAUGACUUGCUGGUGGCCAACAAAAUCGACUGCCCCAUCCACGUUGAUGCUGCGUCUGGCGGCUUCGUGGCUCCCUUCGUCAACCCUAACCUGGUUUGGGACUUCCGCUUGGAGAAGGUGGUCAGUAUCAACGUGUCUGGUCACAAGUAUGGUUUGGUCUAUCCUGGUGUUGGCUGGACGGUGUGGAGAUCGCCAGAGUACCUCCCCAAGGAACUUGUCUUCAACAUCAACUACCUUGGUGCUGACCAAGCCUCUUUUACCCUGAACUUCAGCAAGGGCGCCAGCCAUGUCAUUGGUCAGUACUACCAGAUGAUUCGUCUGGGCAAGCGUGGGUAUCGUAGUAUCAUGCUCAACCUCACUCGCACAUCUGACUACCUCGCUGCCCAGCUGAGAGCGCUUGGUUUUAUUCUCAUGUCUCCAGGAGGCGGCCGCUCUCUCCCCGUCGUCGCCUUCCGCUUGGACCCUGACGACGAGCAUCAGUUCGACGAGUUUGCAAUUGCCCACCAGCUCCGUGAACGCGGCUGGGUUGUCCCUGCCUAUACCAUGGCGCCGCACAGCAACAAUCUCAAGAUGAUGCGUGUUGUCGUCCGUGAGGACUUCAGCAAGCAACGAUGCGACAGUCUAGUCAACGACAUCAAACUUGCGCUGCAAGUUCUGGGCGAGAUGGAUCGUAAGACCAUGGAGAACUUCCAGCAACAUAUCAAGAACCACACCCGACACGGCAAGGCAGGGACAAACCUCCACCCGUACAAGGACGAAAAACACUCUCUUCAAGGAAAACAUGGCAAGACUCAUGCUGUGUGCUAG